AUGCUCCCAGCUCCCCCAGCGCCCGCUCCUCCGUCGAGAGGGCAGGAACAUGGUGGCGGCGACCGGUGGAGAGGGGGCGUCCGGGUCAAUGAGACGUUGUGGUAUGAGGUGAAUCGGCGGCAAGCCCGGCGCCAGCGUUACGCGCCGCCUCUCCGACUCCUCACUCCGUCCUCGUCCACAAUGGCCGCUGCCGCCCUCACCUACGCUCGUGCCCUCUUCAUCUCCGGCCGCGAGCUCCAUCCCGUCCAACCUCAUCUUCCCGGAUCUUCUUGGUUUUGGUCCGGGAGCAUACGGGUGCGGAUCAAAGCGUUGAUGGACAGGUUCGUGAAGGAGUUGCAGAAGGCGCUGGACGCGGACAUCCAGGAUCGCAUCAUGAAGGAGCGGGAGAUGCCAGCUACAUCAGGAACGCAAACGCGAGGUCGCCGAGAGGGAGGCCGUUUGGAAGGCCGAGCUCUCCCGCCGCGAGGUAGUAAUCGAAACCCGUCCAUGUCUUACUGUCGUCUCCUUUUCUGUCAAACCGAUUCAUCUGCGUGUUUAUACCCUGGUGUUGAUUCAUUUGAUGGUGUCGAUGGCAUGAUGCCUUCAGUAAGGGAUCAGGUGCUGAAUUCUGGUGCAUUCCAAACUAUAUAUUAA